AUAACAACCCCUUAUCACCAACCCACUACUACUCAUGAAAUACUAAAAAACGAACAUAGAAACAGAGAGCAUUGAAGCUCUUCCUCUUUUUAUAAUCCACUUCUCUUGAAGUGGGUGUUGUUCAUUUGAGCUUGAUCCAUUCAAGUUCAGUUCGAAUUCACCAUACACACACAAUGGAGCGUGCACGCAGGCUAGCAAACAAAGCCAUUCUCAAGCGCCUGGUUUCACAAACCAAGCAAAAUUCACCAUCCCCUGCGUUGUAUUCAUCUUCGAGGUAUGUUUCCUCGUUAUCUCCAUACCUUUCUCGUGACAGAAAUGUUAGAUCAGAAAGAAACUUUCAUGGGUUUGUUUCUCAAACUCGAUCCAUAUCCGUCGAAGCUCUGAAACCCAGUGACACUUUCGCACGCCGCCAUAACUCCGCCACCCCAGCAGAACAAACCAAAAUGGCCGAAUUUGUUGGCUUCUCGAGUCUCGAUUCACUCAUUGACGCCACUGUACCUAAAUCGAUCCGCCUUAAUUCAAUGAAGUUCCCCAAAUUCGAUGAAGGCUUAACCGAAUCCCAAAUGAUUGCACAUAUGCAAGAAUUAGCUUCCAAAAACAGUGUUUAUAAGUCGUUUAUUGGUAUGGGGUAUUACAACACAUCUGUUCCUCCUGUGAUUUUGAGGAACAUUAUGGAAAACCCUGGUUGGUACACCCAAUACACUCCCUACCAGGCUGAAAUUGCGCAGGGAAGGCUCGAAUCCUUGCUCAAUUUCCAAACCAUGGUAACGGAUCUUACUGGUUUACCCAUGUCAAAUGCUUCAUUACUCGAUGAAGGAACCGCAGCUGCAGAAGCCAUGGCGAUGUGCAAUAACAUCCAGAAGAAUAAGAAGAAAACAUUCAUCAUCGCAAGCAAUUGCCACCCACAAACAAUCGACAUCUGUAAAACCAGAGCAGAUGGUUUCGAUCUUAAAGUGGUGACAUCGGAUCUGAAAGAUUUCGAUUACUCUUCUGGUGACGUUUGUGGAGUUCUGGUUCAGUAUCCCGGCACCGAAGGUGAAUUAUUAGAUUACAGCGAAUUUGUGAAGAACGCGCACGCUAAUGGUGUGAAGGUCGUCAUGGCUAGCGAUUUGUUGGCUUUGACUAUCUUGAAACCUCCUGGUGAAUUUGGAGUUGAUAUUGUGGUGGGUUCGGCUCAAAGAUUUGGAGUUCCGAUGGGUUAUGGAGGUCCUCAUGCAGCGUUUCUUGCAACAUCACAAGAGUACAAGAGGAUGAUGCCCGGAAGAAUUAUAGGUGUCAGUGUUGAUUCUACUGGAAAACCUGCUUUACGUAUGGCGAUGCAGACAAGAGAACAACAUAUCAGAAGGGAUAAAGCUACCAGCAACAUUUGUACUGCUCAGGCAUUGCUUGCGAACAUGGCUGCUAUGUACAGUAUUUAUCAUGGACCUGAAGGCCUAAAGACCAUUGCACAGCGGGCCCAUGGACUUGCUUCAACAUUUGCUGCUGGACUGAAGAAACUUGGGACAGUGGAGGUCCAGGGUCUUCCCUUUUUUGACACUGUGAAGAUCAAAUGUGCCGAUUCAAAUGCAAUAGCUCAAGAAGCUUACAAAAACAAGAUGAAUCUUCGGAUUGUCGACAAAAACACUAUCACUGUCUCGUUUGAUGAAACAACCACCAUUGAGGAUGUUGAUACCUUGUUUAAAGUUUUUGCAUCGGGGAAACCGGUGACAUUCACUGCUGCAUCUCUAGCACCAGAAGUUGAGGAUGUUAUCCCUUCUGGGCUUGUAAGGGAAACUCCAUUUAUGACACAUCCAAUUUUUAACUCUUUUCACACAGAACAUGAGCUACUGAGAUACAUCAGCAAAUUGCAGUCGAAGGAUCUUUCAUUGUGCCACAGUAUGAUUCCAUUGGGGUCUUGUACAAUGAAGCUUAAUGCAACUACAGAGAUGAUGCCCGUCACAUGGCCUGCCUUUGCAGAUAUGCAUCCCUUUGCACCUACUGAGCAAGCACAAGGAUAUCAAGAAAUGUUCAAGAAUUUGGGUGAUAUGUUGUGUACUGUGACUGGAUUUGAUUCAUUUUCUUUGCAACCAAAUGCUGGGGCUGCUGGAGAGUAUGCUGGGCUGAUGGUUAUCCGAGCAUAUCACAUGGCAAGAGGUGAUCAUCACCGCAAUGUAUGCAUCAUUCCGGUGUCAGCACACGGAACAAAUCCAGCAAGUGCUGCUAUGUGUGGAAUGAAAAUCAUUACUGUUGGAACCGAUGCUAAAGGCAACAUCAAUAUUGAAGAGGUACGAAAGGCUGCUGAGGCAAACAAGGACAAACUAUCUGCACUAAUGGUUACGUAUCCUUCGACCCAUGGAGUUUAUGAAGAGGGUAUUGAUGAAAUUUGCAAAAUUAUUCAUGACAAUGGAGGUCAGGUUUACAUGGAUGGAGCAAACAUGAACGCACAGGUUGGGCUGACGAGUCCUGGGUGGAUCGGUGCUGAUGUUUGUCAUCUCAACCUUCACAAGACAUUUUGCAUUCCACAUGGGGGAGGUGGUCCAGGAAUGGGUCCCAUUGGAGUCAAGAAACACUUGGCACCCUACUUGCCUUCCCACCCUGUGGUGGCAACAGGAGGUUUGCCAGCCCCUGAAAAGGCUGAGCCGCUUGGCACUAUUUCUGCAGCACCUUGGGGUUCGGCACUUAUCUUGCCCAUAUCAUACACAUAUAUUGCCAUGAUGGGAUCUCAGGGACUUACAGAUGCAUCAAAGAUAGCCAUCUUGAAUGCAAACUACAUGGCAAAGCGUCUUGAGAGUCACUACCCGAUUCUUUUCCGUGGUGUUAAUGGGACUGUUGCCCAUGAAUUUAUUGUUGAUUUGAGACCCUUAAAGACAACAGCAGGAAUAGAGCCAGAAGAUGUUGCUAAACGUUUGAUAGAUUAUGGAUUUCAUGGUCCCACAAUGUCAUGGCCAGUUCCUGGGACGCUAAUGAUUGAACCUACCGAAAGCGAAAGCAAGGCAGAGUUGGACAGGUUUUGUGAUGCUUUAAUCUCUAUUAGAGAGGAAAUAGCAGAAAUCGAGAAAGGAAAAGUUGAUAUCAACAACAAUGUUAUCAAGGGAGCCCCUCAUCCCCUCCAAGUGCUGAUGGCGGACAAGUGGACAAAACCCUACUCUCGCGAAUAUGCAGCCUUCCCUGCUCCUUGGCUUCGUGCUGCCAAGUUCUGGCCAACUACAUGCCGUGUAGAUAACGUGUAUGGUGAUCGGAACCUCAUUUGUACCCUUCAGCCACCACACGAGGAGGAAGAGAAGGCCGCAGCCACCGCUUAAGCAAUCUUCUUUCUUCCAAAACAAAUUGGCUUUAAAUUGUUACCUUCUUUUGUUCUGUAGGUUGUUGUAUAUACAAAUUCCAUAUUUAUCUGCUAUUACAUAUGCCACUUUCCAUAUUA